AUGUCAUCCGCUGGCCAACUGGACCCGAAGGGUCUGUCGAAAAGCCCUCCCAUGUCGCCCAAAUCUGCACAAUUCCAUCUACUUCCGCCUCCCAAACCAGCAACCGACACUACAAGUUCACUGGCAGCCACCCCAGAAAUAGAGGAAAACAAAUCGAAGAAACAGGAUAAGAAACCUCUAAUACUGCAGCCACUGCCUUUGUCAAAUACCGUCAGUCCCGCCUCGCUCUAUUCGGUACUGCCUGCGUCAGGACUGAAUGGACAGCUCAACACGGGCCCAUCUGUAAUCAACAAGCAGCUUUUGUCCAAACUCAACAAGUCAUUGAAGGAAAAACAGAAGGUGACAAGUACCAAGGAAUCUCAUGCUCGUAAUUCUGCCCUGAUCCAGGAGGUCAUGUCUCCUGCCCUGCAACAAAGUUUCAAUGUUUCAGGUUCCGCCUCGAGCGAGACCACCGGAACACAUAAUAAUGUACCGCUUAACGAGAGUAUGGAUCUGGAUUGGGCCGCUGACUCUGAUGUCAGUAAUCUCACAGGUCAGGGCAAAGAUGAUGUUAGUGUAAAGGCCAAAAGUAAACUGGUAGCGAAGCAGAAUUCCACGCGGACGGAUUUCUUUGCCGCUAAAUUGGCUAUUGCUGUAGACGACGUUGAAUCCUCCGAUAGUGACGAGACAUUCAUCUACGAAACAAACGCGAACGAGUACAAUGCUGAUGACAGGAACGGAGUUCCAACCGGAUUGUCUCAAGACGAACAAAGAAAACAACAACAGAUUUCAAUCGCGGAUAAUGCUAGUCAAGCAAACCCCGACGUGAUGUCGCUUUCUGGCAGUGUUAGAGGUGCUUCAAAUCUAGGGUCUCAUGCCACCAGCCCAACCGCCGAGAUUCGAAAAGAUGAGGACAGCAGUUCAUUUGUCAUGCCACCUCCUCAUCAUUCAGUUACAAAAGCGGAGUCCAUUCAUUCCUUACAAUCAAUGAAGUACAAUCUACGAAAUACCUUCAAUACGACUCCGCCAGUGAAUGCCAAUAGCAGAUCUCAAAGCGUCAAUCACACACCCGCCAAUCAUAAUGAAAAUCCGGUAUUUUCAAAUCCAUACUUUGACAAUUUGCAAAAGGAUAAUUUGAACUUUGGGGGUAAGAAUAGCAAUCAAUCAUUGGCAAGCACGGAAGACAAAAACCAGGGAAUGAGAUACUCAAUCCUGCACUACGCGGACUCAACAUUGAUGCCAUAUGGUGUAAAUGAAACCCUCACGAAUUCGAACAGCAUCAAUGAGCCAUAUGUUGACGGAAAUUUCUCCUCAGACGACGAUGAAGACGCUAGCAACGAUGAAACAUCAUCACAUGGUGACACAAAUCUGAUGUGUACCGAUGCCCACGGUAGUAGUGCUCUUCGUCCUAAUGGUCAGAGGCCAAUCGAUACCGCCUCUGUGUCAAGCAAAGCCAAGAAAAACAAGUCGUCCACAACCUCGUCGAAGCUCAGGUCAACUACUUCUAAAUUAUUUGAUAAAAAGGGAGCACAACCAAGAAGAUACAGCACUAUACCUGACGAUAUUGAUAUCGAAGACUUCGAUGAUGAAUUAAUCUAUUACGACAAUAACAAUAUCAGAUUCCCCUAUGGCUCGCACCAGGACAACACCAAUGAAAGUUCCUCUUUAGUUGGUGGCGGAAAGAUACCACAUUAUCGCUCACUUAAUCUUAAUUUUGGGGCCAGGAAGCCUUCAAAACAAAUUAAAGGGCAGAGGUUUCUGUCCUUGGGCUAUGUACCUUCUUCGCAUGUCAACGGAAACAAAAGAAAUGAUAUAUUCCCGUUUCCAUACAUGGAACACGAGCAACCUUAUUUAGACUUCGAUGAGUACAAUGAAGAUGCAAAGAUGGGAAUGAAUGACCAAAUACGGGCCAAGAGAAUUUCUUCAAACCGUACCCACUUUCUGGGAGACGGCUACAUCAUUCCAAGGUAUUCCAACGAGGACCUCAAGAGCAACAGAAAGGGCUCCACUGCAAAAAAUGUGAUAUACACCUUGCUUGGCAUAAGCCUUAUACUUUCUCUCGGAUUUGUCCUUGGCUUUUUCUUGGCUUCUACCAAAGAAUUAGCAAAUGUAUCUAUUGUCAGCAUUGAAAACCCUCUAGUGAGUCAGGAUGAAUUGGUAUUCAGCAUUGUGAUUGAAGCACUGAACCCUGGUUGGUUUGCUGUUUCGAUAAAUGAUCUCGAACUAGAUAUAUUUGCAAAAAGCGGUUACUUAGGAGAACAGAAUAUCGAAAGUGGUCUUGAAACAGUGCUUUUAGGAAGUGUACUCAAUCUUGAAUCAGCUGUGACAUUUGAAGGUAUGUUUUUCCACCGCAAGCGAAGCCGUCACACGGGAGAAAUUAAAUUAGUUAGCCCAGGACGAAAUAUUACCGGCUCAAGAGUGACAGAGUCCCCGGAUGCCCAGAAGAUAAUAUCUCAAACACAUGGAAGUGAGCCGACAAGUCUUCCUGAUAACUCCGAGAAGUGGUCCAUAAUAUCCAAACAUCCGUUUGAUCUCAUCCUUCGAGGAGUUCUCAAAUACAACCUACCUAUCACUUCGGCUACAAAAACUGUUGUUGUGAACAAAGUAGGAUAUGUUGAUCCUUCCGUACCUAGCUAA